AUGUCUGACUGGGAUACCGUAACUGUUAUCGGCAAGGGAGCCCGCGGAAAUGCUGCUCCCCGCGAAACUGUCGUCAAGGGUCGUUCUGCUCUCAACGCUGCCCAGCGAUCUGGCAUGAUCGUCGGAACCGAGAAGAAAUACGCCACAGGCAAUGCUUCCAGCCGUCCCGCCCAAGAAGGCCAACAUCUCACCAAAGUCGACCGAUCCGACGAAAUCGUCAAGCCUAAGACAGUCGGCUUCGAGGUAGGCGAUGCGAUCAAGCGCCGCCGCAACGAAGAAGGCAUCAAGCUGAGUCAAAAGGAGCUGGCCACGAAAUGCAACACCACCGUCUCUAUCGUCCAGGACUUCGAGCGCGGAACUGCCACACCAGACCAGAAGGUGCUGGCGGCCAUGGAGAGGGUGUUGAACGUCAAACUGCGUGGAUCGGGGAUUGGGCAGGAGAAGUUUCCUAAGAAGAAGUAA